AUGAGUCAACAGUGGGAUAACCAUGGGGUGAAUGUCCAGUUCCAAGGCACCGCGACUAAUCCAGAUCGCUGUCUCGACUACUUCGCAGUGACUGAUCCGCGCAAUGUCAAGAUGAGAAUCCACCAGACGAGAGGAGCCGCCCUCAAGGAAUCUUACGACUGGAUCCUCCACCAUCCUCAGUUCCAGCAUUGGCGCAACAACAACGACAGCCAGGUCCUUUGGAUUAAGGGUGACCCUGGUAAAGGCAAGACGAUGCUACUCUGUGGUAUCAUCAAUGAGCUUGGCCCGACCACGAAACUGGAAGAUCCCCUGGCGAAGACAUUCCUGUCUUUCUUCUUCUGUCAAGCCACAGACCCGGAGCUCAGUAACGCUCAUGCUGUCCUGCGCGGGUUGAUCGCUAUGCUCGUCGACACAGAACCGUCUUUUCUCCCCCACGUACGGAAAAGAUUUAAGGACACAGGGGAGCCGCGAUUCAGGGAUGCGGAAGCAUGGACUGCAUUGUGUAAUAUUUUCUUGGAUAUCUUACGUGACGCCAGCUCAGACAAGAUAUGUAUCGUGGUUGAUGCUCUUGACGAAUGUGUGCAGGACCAAGAUGAGCUCUUACAGUUUAUUCUCCAAGGGAUGGAGGAGUUCCCGCACGUCAAAUGGAUUAUUUCCAGCCGGAAUCAUGUUAAGCAGCGAACACGGAUUCAUGAUUCACAGUCCAUACUAAGCCUGGAAUUGCAGGAGAAUGCACAAUCUGUAUCCUUGGCUAUUGGAGCAUACAUUUCCAACAGGAUAGCGGAGCUUCAAUCUCUACAGGAUGAUGAUACCUUGCUAAAAUAUGUGCAGCAAAUCCUCCAGAAGAAAGCCGAAGGAACGUUUCUCUGGGUGGCUCUUGUCGUCCAGGAACUUGAGCACGUCGACGGCUGGAAGGUAGAAGAGGUGGUCAACGACGUCCCAAGAGGAUUGGACGACCUGUAUCAGCGAAUGAUUGACCAGAUGAAACAAUUAUCGAAUGAACACAGAGAGUACUGCCAGCUGAUUCUCUCGGCGACCGCACUGGCUUAUCGACCGCUUCACCUACUAGAGUUGGGAGUGGUGUGUGGACUCCCAGACAAGAUCACUGGAAACUCUCAGUAUUUAGAGACAAUGAUCAAGCGAAGCGGCUCCUUUCUCACGGUUCGUGAUUCAACAAUAUACUUUGUCCACCAGUCCGCCAAGGACUUUUUGAUCAAAGAAGCUGCCCUGAGCAUAUUCCCCUCUGGCUUCCCCGCUGCUCACCGCCGGAUGUUUAUGCAGUCACUGCGAGCCCUUUCAACCUCUUUAAGGCGCAACAUUUACGGUCUAAAUCUCGACAAACCCGAUAUUACAGCCUCUGAGAUAGCAACUUGCCAACGAGACGGUGACUAUGACCCACUUGUCCACCUUCGAUAUAGUUGCGUGUAUUGGUUGGACCACUAUCUUGAAGCGAUUUCAGAAUCCACCAAUAAGACCGAGCCACCAGGAACUGAACACAUAUGUCAUUUUUUCCGCAAACAUCUGCUUCACUGGUUAGAAAGCCUUGGACUUAUUGGUGAGAUUCAACAUGGCAUCUUAUCUCUCAAAAGAGUGACCCGCCGACACCAGUCCACUCAUCCUCAGCAUCAGUCCAUGUUGAAGGAGGCGGAGAGGUUUGCUACUAGUAAUGGGUUUAUUAUACAAGAAGCACCUUUGCAAACUUACGGGGCUGCACUUGCGUUUUGCCCUCAAAGCUGUGAGAGCAAGAAGCUCUACUGGGAUGAGCGGUUACAAUUUCUGAAGCACGUACUUGUGACGCGAGAGUCAUGGGAACCGUGUAUGCAAGUCCUAGACGGCCAUACAUCCCCGGUCACGGCAGUCGCCUUCUCACCUGACGGGCAGAUGGUGGCGUCAGCCUCUAAUGAUUGCACAGUGCGACUAUGGGAUACAGCCACGGGCAGAGAACGCCACAGCCUGCAGGGCCAUACAGAUUGGACGGUGGUGUCGGCCUCUGGUGAUGGUACAAUGCGACUAUGGGAUGUAGUUAUAGGUAGAGAACGCUGCAGCCUGCAAGGCUAUACAUCCUGGUUUACAGCAGUCGCCUUCUCACCUGACGGGCAGACGGUGGCGUCGGCCUCUGAUGAUGGCACAGUGCGACUAUGGGAUGCGGCCACGGGCGGGGAACGGAUAUAUAACGUUGGGUCGGCAGUUGAAUUUUUAUCAUUCUCAGCUGAUGGCUGUCAUCUCAUUACUGACCACGAGAAAUGGAUAACCCGGGGCGGCCAACGUUUGAUCUGGCUGCCACCUGAGUUUCGAGCGACAUGUAUGGCUUUCAGUCACAAUUGUGUGGUUCUUGGUCAUGUAUCUGGCCUCUUGGCAUUCCUUUGGUUAGUAUAG